GGCCUCAAAUUCUAAGAGAAUAUUCUAGAUUGGGAACGAACGAAUGCCUCAAGUUCAAGAUCUCUCAGAUCAACGACUCUAAACCAUUCUUCUCUAACGCAAAUUUUUGAACCUAUUCUUGCAAAAGCUUUCAAUGCCGUAAGCCACUGCCCUAAACACUUACCGAAACACAAAUUAGUUUCCAUUCCAACCUUGAAUGUUUAUAAUAAUGUCUUUCUAUACUCUGUUUUAGUGAGUGCUAACUUUGACUAGACACAGUGACAAUAAAAGUUCAAAAGGUCACUGAAUUUUGUAUCUAAUAGGUAUAUUAUAUUAGAUGAUGAUGAAGAUGAGCACUACGGAUGACGAUGAUGAAUCUCAGUUGAAUUGCACUUGUCUGAUGAUGCCAAUAAGGCCUCCGGCCACUACUCCGUCUAACGUCAUCAUUUCAUCUCCUCACCACCAUGCUACUAUACUACUGUCUCUGCUCCAUCUGCCCCCCUCAAUCAAAUCCAAGGUGUUGUAGGAGAAGAUGAAUAGGGAGUGGUGGUGGUGGGUCCAGGUGGAAGUAUUGAUAUCAUCUAAUAACAGGCAUCAACUGUGGAGAGGAUAAUGAAGAAUUUACGGUUCAAAAUCACUAAGUUGAGGCAAUCUUUGGAAGAAUCUAGGUCAGACACUGAGCGGUUGCAGAGUCUUACAGACAAACAAGCUCAAACUAUUGAAGGAAACAAGUUAUACAUCAAGAAGUUGGAGGAAAGAGAGAGGGUGCUGACUCAAAAUGUUGAGGAAUUCCUGUUGGAAAUUAAGGAAACUGAAGCAGAGGUAACUAGAUGGAGAGAAGCUUGUGAAUUAGAAGUUGAGGCUGCGAAAACUGAGACUCAAGAACGCGACAAAGUGAUUGGCAUUCUGAAACAAGAGUUAGAGAAAACAAUGGCUUCUUUGGACAUAUCAAAUGGCAAACUAAAGCUGAAAGAAGAACUUGUUGCUGCAGCCAUGGCUGCUCAGGCUGCAGCAGAGAAGUCCUUACAGCUAGCUGACUGCAGAUCUGCAGGGCUCCGUGAGAGGAUAGAAGAGUUGUCCAGGAAACUAGAAGAAGCAGAAACUCGAGAGCGGCAUAGUUUUAUUAUGCCUUGAAACUACUCACAAGAUUUUAAGGGGGCAAAAAAGAAAGAAUUUUACACCCACUACCAAAAUCUACCAUCCCAACAUCAUAUACUUUAACAUUAUAUUUUAAAAAUUUAUAAAAUGUCUUUAUUUUUUUUUUUUAAUUGUAACUGUAUUGUUUCCUUUUAUUAUGUUUAAUAUUAAAUAUUUAAUAUUUUUUUAAUGACAUUGUUUAUUUAACUAAGUAUAGGUAACAUCUCACCUAAUAACUAAUAAUUUUUUUUAAAUAUACAUAAUAAUAAUCACACUUAAUAACUAAUAAUAUUUUUCUUCAAUUAUUAAUUGUAUCACUUUUAAAUAACAUAAAAAAAACUAGCAUAAAAUUUAGUAUACGUGCCUCGCACGUAACAUUUUGCUAGUAUAUAUAUAUAUAUAUAUUCUGUUAGAGUCUUAUGAGACUAUCUAGUAAUAUGAGAAAUGAAUGAAUCCAACUCAAUCCGAGAAAUUCCUCCUUCAGCAGUAGCCUUCCUCAACUCACCACCCAAUUCCUCAGCUUUUUUCCUAAUCUCAUCUCCUUCAUUUGAAGCCAUUAAUCUCUUCACAACAUUCUCAAUCACAGAUGAGCUCACUAACUCAUCUCUCUUUUCCCAUUCCCGAACCUUCAGACCAACUUUGAUAAACUCCGUGACUAAAGCAGCAUUCAUAGGCUGAUCUGAGUGCAUGGGCCAAGCUAGUAAGGGCACUCCCAGGCUCAUACUCUCCAAGCAAGAGUUCCACCCACAAUGACUCAUGAACCCACCUGUUGAUGGGUGCCCCAAAAUCUCCAAUUGGGGCACCCAUUCCCUCACCACCAAUCCCUUUCCUUUGAUGCUUUCCUCGAACCCUUUUGGAAGUUGACGUCCUCCAACUUUCUGGUCAUCAAAAACAUCUCCUCGGUCUGCAUCUCUCAAAACCCAGAUGAAGUUUACUUUACUUUUUUCCAAACCAAUUGCUAUUUCUUCAAUCUGCUUGUCCUCCAAAAAAGUUGUAGUCCCAAAAGAGAUGUACAGAACAGAUUUAGGCUUCUGUUUCUCCAGCCACUCUAAGCAAUAAACUUUCUCUGAAACGUUAUUGAUGGAGUUAAGUGGGAUCUUCUUGAAUGUUGUUACACUCUCUAAAGGCCCAAUUGCCCAUAUCUUCACACUCUCAUCUUUUUCGCGCUCUUUCUCGAGAAUGAAUUCCAGAAAGUCUCUUUCCAUAAACCUGCAAGCGUUGUAAAGAUGCCCAGAUUUGUUUCUCCUCAUAAAUGGCAUUUGUUUAUCUUUGAAAGCUAUAAAUCUUGGAUCCAAACACCCUUUUAAUGAUGGAACCUUGGGCUGAUUAUCUUGAUCAGCUUCAAAGCCUAUUCCCAUGGCGUCUCGGAUAGAGGAGAAUCUUGAAAUGGAGGAGAUACAAUGGAAAACAUAUUCUUCCGAGUUGGGUGCUAGAGAAGCAGUGUCCUGAACGACAUAGCUCAUCAAGUUGUCGUGUAUAACGACAACUCUUCUGGCUGUAGUUGAAAGUUUAGUGAGGAGAGCCGAAAAGGGCUGGCGAAGGUGAACAGAGGCUUCGAAGGCUGGGAUUAGAUGUGAAGGGAAGUUGUCAGGAGUCUUGGUUGGCUUAGGAGAGAGAAAGUAUGGAGUUGGGAAAUCAUGAAAAUGGAUUUUGGGUGAGUGGUGAAGAAGGGUUGAAGCUCGAGAUUUGACCUGGGAAUUGUGAAGAGCUGAGCUAACGUAGUGGACUGGGAUGUCGUAUAAUGAAGUAACGACAUGGGAGAGCUGGAGAAGCUGGUUUAGGUGGCUUUGAGCUGGGAAAGGAACCAUUACCACAACAACAGGUGAAGAUGAUGAUAAUGAAUGUUGUUUCGAGCUGUGAUCUUCAGAAGUCGCCAUGGAUGGAACUUGUGGAAUAUUUGUUUUCUGUUCUUUCAGCUUAAGCGCAGAAGAGCGCAUUGUUUGACUCCUCAAAAUUUUACUUUUGGAAUAAGAUGAGACGAGACAGGAGAAAAGACAAUACUAUUGUCUGUUUGGAUCUCUGAAUUCGGCCAGCCAAAAAGAAACGUAUUUAUUUUUGCUUGGAAAAAGAAAUAGUUUUAAGGUAAGCAAUAUUUAUUAUUAUUACCGAGGCCUUGGCAAAUCCCAAAGAAGAUCUGUCUCUCUUUGGUGACAUCAUAAAACAAAUUAAGGCAGCUUUGUCUCUUCACCACCCACAUUAGCCGGUCCUCAAAUACUAUUUCACAUGUUUAGCUAAUUGGGCUUUGGGGCUAGAUGAAGUAGCAAUUUAAAUUGGUGAUGAUCCUUGUAAUUUAGAGCAUGUUUGGUAUUGUUUUUUAUUUUUUAUUUUUAAAAAAUUGUUUUUAGAAAUGAGAACAAAAAAUAGUUUUUGAAGUUUCUAAAAACAUGUCAUGUUUAGUUAGUGUUUUUUAAAAAUAAUAUUGUCCAAAA